AUUAUUGAGGAUAUUGUAACAGAUGUAACUUUAACUGGGGAUUAAAUUAGUUAGGGAAAUUAAGAGGAUAUCAAAAUAUAAGAAAUAAAUAAAGAGAGUGAACAUAAGAAGGAAUAGAAUAUACAAGAAUCCAACAGAUUAAAAAAAGAAGGUAUAAUGAAUUUUAUUGUAAUUAAGGAUUUGAAUUAUCUAUUCAUUUUAUUGAUUUAGGUUUUAUCUAAUUAGGAUAAAGUAAAAGAAGCAAUUGACAAAUCUAAGCUAUAAAUCCUUAAGAUGAUAUAACAUGGAAUUGGACGGGUAAUUAAUUGUUAAAUAUUAUUAUAAGGAUUAGCAUUAUCUAUUCAUUUAGAUUGUAAAUAAUUUGAACAAAUACUAAGAAGCAAUUGAUUGUUACGACAAAUCUAUAGCUAUUAUUCCUAAAAAUGAUAUGGCAUGCAGUAAUAAAGGUAAAUUCAAUUUUAUUUUAGGUUAUGCACUACACAAUUUAAAGAAUAAUAUAGACGCAAUAUUAUUCUAUGAUAAAGCACUUUCUAUAAAAAUCACUUCUUUAAGAUUAAUGCGAAAAGGUAACGGAAUUAUUUAAUAAUUAUUUAGCUGAUUCUCUAUUUGAAUUAGGGAAAAAAUAAGAAGCUAAACAAUUUUAUUAGGCUGCAUUAGUAAAAGGAUCAAAUGAUAAAGUUUACAUCCAGAAAUAAUUAUAAAUGUUAUGAAG